AUGGAUUUACACACAGAUUACUUCGAAGAAUCGGGAAUCCCCCUUGUCCAGAGCUUUGAUGUAAUAGAUGAAGAGUUCCCCAUUUUCGAUGAUACUAUUUCAUCUGCGGACGAAAGUCAACUCGCCGCAGUGGAUGAAUCAUUAAGGUGGAUUAUCGAUGAACUACCAACGUUUCCUAACCUAGAAUUUUUAGUUAAUGACUUUAUUUCCGAGACUGAAGAUACAGUAACAUCAUAUUACGAUACUGAUCCUCCGCAUUUACAAACGACUGAUGAGGUGCAGACAAAUACAGAAACGCUUCCAACUGCAGAACCGCCUGUGGAGAUUUUAACAGAUACACAAAAUCUUGACAUUCCACACAACUAUAACACCCGUAGGGCGUGUUACAAAAAACAAAUAUCAAAUCUCUUUGCUCAAGAAAAAGAACUAUUAAACCGACUAAAAAAGAACCAGCAGCGACCAAAACCAAAAGAAGCACCGACUCCACACGGCCAAUGGCUUCAUACAAAGGAUUGGGUUCACAUUCACCUCCUCAGGUUUGAUAUACCCAUUAAAAAAGUCCCAAACUAUAAUCCUUUGAUGAAGCCACACAGAACUAGAAAGGCUCGUUCCAAAAAGCCAUCUACCACAUCACACUAA